AGUCUGAUUCCUUAUUUGAGUGCAGUUUGAUCUGUUUUCUUUUUUUUUUCUUACAUAAUUAAGGAUAUGGAGGAACAAGAGAAGGAUGUGGAAUUUCUACGCGGCCUCUUGACCCGCAAAAUGGAAACUGGCGAAGAUGUUGUCCUUCAAUCCGAUCGAGCAGCUGUUCUGCGUAAUGUAGAUUGCCCAAAGGCUCAAAUUCAUUUCAUUAUUUUGCCCAAGCAGGAUAUUGCGUAUGUGACUGCGCUAACGCCCAAACACUUGCCUCUGCUAGAACAUAUGAUGGAGCUGGCCAAUCAGAUAAUUGAGAAAGAAGAAUUGCCUUCGAGCAAUUUUCGGGUUGGCUUCAAGAUAAAUCCAUUUAUGAAUCGUUUAAAUAUGCAUGUGAUUUCCGAUGACUUCUGUUCGGAGUACAUGCGGCGCAUUAACCAGUGGAAUACCUUCAACAGUGACUUGUGACAGUGACAGUGACC